CACACACACACACACAGAUGUGAAACUGUGGGAGCAAGAAUGCCAAAGAGAGGCAAAAUAAAUGAAAAUCAAAAGUGCGAUGUCGCUGCUCAAUGUACAUGACGAUUGGUCAGUCUGGAAUUCCAUUGAAGCGGUUUCCCACAGUUUACAGAAAGCUGGACGAUUGCAGUGAACACACAGGAUGUAGAGGUUUAUUGGGAAUGCUGAAAUACACCCAAAGGGAUUCUACAUCUGCACUCCGGGACUUGGCUUUUAAUUUCUGGAAGCAGAUUUUAAUCAACGUUCCUCAUAUAAAAAGCGGGAUAUCCACUGAAAGACUUGUUUUGAAAGGUGAGAGACUUCAUAGUGAAAUCUUCCUGGUGAAAAUGUUACUAAUCAAGAAUAUAAUUGGAUUCCUUUAUCUGUCUGAUGCUGAAAUGAGGACUAAAUGUUUUCAACAUCUUAACAGUGUGAACAAGUGAGCAGAGAAACAAAACAGCUUUUGUAAGCAUGAAGAUUGUUAUAAUCCUCAUUUAUAGGCAAUGAGUGGAAAAGAACAGUCAGAAUUCCUCGGUGCUCUGCACAACCUCAAGACUUAAACGGGAACAUAACAAAGCAUCGUAGAAGAUGGUGACUUGCCAGUGUGUAGCGCGCAUUCAAUCACUCACAGCUAGAUGUUUGGAUAACAGGACGUGUUAAGCUUUGGCGGAUUCACAUUUUGGACGUGAACUGCCUCAGCUGAAAGGAUGAAUCAAAGAAGAGCUGUUCUUGAGGAUAAAAAUCAAUCAAAGUAUCACUCGAUCGAAAAAAGGAACAGAAGUAAAGACAAUCUAUUGAUGAACGAACACUUUGGCGAAGACUGUUAUGGCAGUUAUGGAAACUACCAUGGUGAGAACGUGGCCCGUCAGGCGCUGCCCAAGAGCCGCAGGCAGGCGGUGCGAGGAGCGGCUUACAUGUUCAACGCCCAUCCGAACAGCUUGACCCCGCUGGAGGAGCGCUUCCUCGACGCUGCCGAGUAUGGGAACAUCCCGGUGGUGCGCAGGAUGCUGGAGGAGCUGCCGGAGCUGGACGUCAACUGUGUGGACUACAUGGGCCAGAAUGCACUGCAGCUCGCGGUGGCCAACGAGCACCUGGAGGUGACUGAGCUCUUGUUAAAAAAAGACAACCUGUCGCGUAUAGGGGAUGCUCUUUUGUUGGCCAUCAGCAAAGGUUACACCAGGAUUGUGGAAGCCAUUUUAAGCCACAAAGCUUUCGCGGACUCCAGGAGACUCACCGCGAGCCCCAGCCAGGCCCCGAUGCACGAUGACUUCUUCGCUUAUGAUGAAGAUGGCACGCGCUUUUCUCAUGACGUCACUCCUGUCAUUCUAGCCUCUCACUGUCACGAGUACGAAAUCGUGCACAUACUUUUGGGUAAGGGUGCGCGCAUUGAGCAGCCUCAUGACUACUUCUGUGCCUGCGACACCUGUAAUUAUCAUCAAAAGUACGACUCUUUCUGUCACUCCCGCUCGAGGAUCAAUGCUUACAGAGGAUUGGCCAGUCCGGCCUACCUCUCUCUGUCCAAUGAGGAUCCAGUGUUGGCGGCCCUGGAGCUCAGCAAUGAGCUCGCAUCCUUGGCCAAUAUUGAAAAGGAAUUUAAGAAUGAAUACAGGAAACUUUCUAUGCAAUGUAAAGACUUUGUGGUGGGUCUUCUGGACCUGUGUCGGAGCACUGAGGAAGUGGAAGCCAUUUUGAAUGGAGAAGAGGACGACACUUUAGAAAUACCUGGCCGACCGAGCCUUAUUCGCUUAAAACUGGCAAUAAAGUAUGAACUUAAAAAGUUUGUGGCCCAUCCUAACUGUCAACAACAGCUCUUGUCAAUAUGGUACGAACACUUGCCUGAACUCAGGCAGCAAACCACAGCUAUUAAGUUCCUAGUAGUUUUAGGUGUUGCGAUGGGACUUCCUUUUCUAGCAAUGGUGUAUUGGGUGGCACCAUGCAGCAAGAUGGGAAAGAUCAUGCGUGGCCCCUUCCUUAAGUUUGUGGCACACGCAGCCUCCUUCACUAUUUUCCUUGGCCUUUUGGUCAUGAACGCUGCCGACCGCUUUGAUGGGACAAAGCUUCUUCCAAAUAUGACCAUUCAUGACUAUCCGACGCAGCUGUUUCGUAUGAAAACAACUCCCUUCACGUGGAUGGAAAUGCUCAUCAUUUCCUGGGUCAUAGGGAUGAUUUGGGCAGAGUGCAAGGAGAUCUGGUCCCAAGGACCAAGAGAAUAUCUGCUUGAGCCUUGGAACUUGUUAGACUUUGGAAUGUUGGCCAUUUUUGUGGCAUCCUUCAUCUCAAGGAUAAUGGCUUUCUGGCAUGCAAGUUCAGCACAACGCUAUGUUGAUGAGCAUUACACAGAUCUAACCAAUGUAAUAUUACCUUUUGAGGUGGGAUACUUCCAGCGGGCUCGGAUUGACUGGCUUCCAUCAGAUCCUCAGUUAGUCUCAGAGGGCUUGUAUGCCAUUGCAGUGGUGCUGAGCUUUUCUCGAAUUGCCUAUAUUCUGCCAGCAAAUGAGAGCUUUGGACCACUGCAGAUAUCUUUGGGACGAACUGUGAAGGACAUUUUCAAGUUCAUGGUUAUCUUCAUCCUAGUCUUUCUGGCCUUCAUGAUUGGAAUGUUCAACCUCUACUCAUAUUAUCGGGGUGCAAAACAGAAUGAAGCUUUCACAACUGUGGAAGAAAGCUUCAAAACAUUGUUUUGGGCAAUAUUUGGCCUUUCUGAGGUCAAAUCAGUAGUGGUGAACAAUGGACACAAGUUCAUCGAGAACAUUGGAUAUGUUCUCUAUGGAGUUUACAAUGUCACAGUGGUCAUCGUCCUACUCAACAUGCUCAUUGCCAUGAUCAACAACUCCUUUCAGGAGAUUGAGGAUGACGCAGAUGUGGAGUGGAAGUUUGCCCGUGCCAAGCUCUGGUUCACCUACUUUGAGGAGGGCAGGACUCUUCCUGUGCCUUUUAACUUGAUUCCCAGUCCCAAAUCAGUUCUUAGUCUGGUUAUGGGGGUCAAGAGUCUCCUGCGAGAGCUUUCUGUCAGGCAAAAAGCCAUUAUGAAGGGGUCUGAACUCAGUGAGUUGGGACAGAGCAAAACUUGCCAGGGCAAGACUCUUCCACGUUCCAGUCGAUAUCAGAAAAUUAUGAAGCGUCUUGUGAAGCGAUACAUCAUCAAGGCUCAAAAUGACAAGGAGUGUGAUGAAGUCAACGAGGGUGAACUGAAGGAGAUCAAACAGGACAUUUCAAGCCUUCGCUAUGAACUGCUGGAGGAAAAGUCACACAACAUGGAGGAGCUGGCCAAGCUAGUCAGGACACUUGAAAAAAACCUCUCUCAGGACAGCUUGGUUAUGAAGUCUCAUUGAGGAAGUCAGAAAGCUAUGUUUUGUAUUUUAUUUUACAGAGACAUCCAGCAAGAUAUUUUGCACAAAGACUAUGUGGUUUCACAUGAUUCUCUGCCUUGGCCUGCUGGUUUGACUGAACAAACUUGUGAGCUUUCAUGACUGUGAAAUGGUGAUACGUUAUUGAACGAAGGUUAUUUAUAUAAUACAUAUGCAGUUAAGGGCGACGCAGUGGUGCAGUAGGUAGUGCUGUCGCCUCACAGCAAGAAGGUCGCUGGUUCGAGCCUCGGCUGCGUCAGUUGGCGUUUCUGUGUGGAGUUUGCAUGUUCUCCCUGCGUUUGCGUGGGUUUCCUUUGGGUGCUCCGGUUUCCCCCACAGUCCAAAGACAUGUGGUACAGGUGAAUUAGGUAGGCUAAACUGUCUGUAGUGUAUGUGUGUGUGACUAAGUGUGUAUUUGUUUCCCAGUGAUGGGUUGCAGCUGGAAGGGCAUCCGCUGCAUAAAACAAAUGCUGGAUAAGUUGGCGGUUCAUUCCGCUGUGGUGACCCCAGAUUAAUAAAGGGACUAAGCCGAAAAAAAAAUGAAUGAAUGAAUGAAUGAAUAUGCAGUUAACUGUUGAAUUUCCUGUAUCUAAUUCACAUAACAAAAUGUCAGUUACCAAAUAGAUGAAAUUCAACGCAGAUUAAUAAAAACAAAUACAAGUGAUCAUUUUAAAUAAUAAAAUAUUACAUGUUACUCAUAUUAUAUUGUAUUAUAUGUAAUUAUACUUUUGUAUAAAUGUAAUUAUGCACUUAUUCUUUUUUAACUAAAUGAGCAUUUCUUGAGUCUAAAACGCAGUGUCUGCCACAAAUGACUUUUCUGACUUUAUCUACAUCUACAUUAACGCAUUGUGUACAAGUAAAGUGUCUGCUUUAAUGUUUCAAAUAACUUAUUAUAAUAAAUGUACAAA